UUGACUGAAGAAAGGGGGAGCGUGUGGGACAGCCACUGUAGUACCCUUGCCUCUUUUAAGAGAACAGAAAAUUCACAGCCAGGACUUUUUUUAAAUCGCUCACAUUUUGCUGCAGACCAUCUAAUCAGAAACCGCGUUAGAAAUCAUUUGGCAAACCAUUUGAGUUUGUACAGAUUUUUUUCUGUACAGUUGCUAAAGUAAGGGAAAACACACCUGGAUAGGCUAUGAAUAGUUAGUAGCGUACGAACUAUAUUCUGUAGGUGCCUAGCUACAUUUGAACCAGCCAAAUCUGGACAGAAAGAAGAAAGAAUAAUUUGAUAAACAAGAGGAACAUGCAAUUGAAAUAAAUCCUCUUGCUUUUCUGAAGCAUUCCAGCUCACGCGAUAUACAUAUGUGAGCUGUGUUUUUAAAUCCAUCUGUUGUUUAAAAGAUCUGGAACAUUUUUGAGCCACUGCUAAAAUAUCAUUACUAUUACCCGGGUGAUUUAUUCAGAUCGCCAGCUACUACAUGAGUAUCUCAAUCCCGUUUAACCCAAUUGGAUUAUAUUAUUUUAUUUUUUGUCUGAGGGGCUGCAUCGGUUUUUGAGGGCAAGAAACGUGAAUUCAUAUUCUAAUAUGAAGACUGUUCCCUCGCUUUAAAGUGAAAAAUCAUUGUAGCUACUGGUGAAUAGAACACAGAGGAACCAUCUGGCGAUUCGAUUGACAAGUUUACACACCGCUCUCCCUGCGCGUGCUGUCCUUAACUCCUGACGAAGGGAAAAGAAAGGUUUUAACAACACAAACCCUGUGGUACACGUCUAAUAAAUGUCAACCUGGCCUGACAUUUUUAUGGGUCUUUCUCUUCAGCCUAAGCUGCUGUGUCAGGCAGAUCUCCCUGGGUGGAUUGCACAAACCUGUCAACUCUAACAGCGAUCCCAUCAGUCCACUCCACAUCUGACAGCCCGCCGACAUCAAAGGAGCAGAGCCCCAGUAACCAGACGUCCCUGGCCAUGAUGCAGGAGCCGCAGGAGGUGGUGGAGGAGACGGUCACCAUCGAGGAGGACCCGGGCACGCCCACCUCUCACGUAUCCGUGGUCACCUCCGAUGACGGAACCACGCGCCGCACAGAGACAAAGGUAACCAAGGUGGUCAAAACCAUCACCCGCCGCACCUACCACCCGGUGACGGUGGCGGAGACCCUGGUGGAGUCCAAGCCCGCCACGCCCACCCCGUCGGAGAUAGACCCAGUCACCAAGAUGGUGAAGACAGUGACCACGCGGACGGUCCGACAGGUGCCCCUGGGGCCCGACGGCCUGCCCCUCCCCGAAGGCUCCUCCCCCAUGGGCAGCUACACGGACUCCAUCGACAGGCGCUACAUGAAGAACGGCGACCGCUUCAUCACGCCCCAGGCCACCUCCACCCUCAGCCGCACCUACAACAACUACAGCGACUCCUACAGCGAGACCCCCGAGGGGCAGUACCGCCACUACGGCGUCCACGACGGCUACGGGGACAUGUCGGACAACUAUGGCAGCCUGUCGCGGGGUGUCAACUACCGGCCCCGCUACCCCUACAUGCCUGCCAACAGCUACCGGCCGGAGAACAGCUACACGCUGCCCAUCCGCAAGGAUGACUAUGGCCACGUGGCGCAGCCCCAGGUGCCCAUGGGCAGCAGCAGCGUGGACCUCAACCGCUCCCAGCCCGAGCGCUUCCAGCCCGAGCCCUACGGCCUGGAGGACGACCGCCGCAGCCUGGGGCCCGACGACGAGGAGCCCUACGAGCUGGAGCCCGAUUACUCCACCGCCAACCGCCGCACACUGGCCGGGGCCGACCGGGGCAGGCCCAUGAGGGAGCCAAUCAGAGACGUCCCCCGGGUCAGGGGGGCGUAUGAGGACCCCAUCGAGGCGGAGCUGAUCGACGAGCGGCACCCCUACAUCCACAGCAUAUACCCGGCGCCGCUGGCCCAGCCCGAGCGUGGCAGCAUGGCCAGCCUGGACCGCAUGGGCGGCCGGCGCUCGCCCUCCAUCGACAGCAUCCGCAAGGACCCGCGUUGGCGGGACCCGGACCUGCCCGAGGUCAUCGCCAUGCUGGGCCACCCCAUCGACCCGGUCAAGUCCAACGCGGCCGCCUACCUGCAGCAUCUGUGCUACGAGAACGACAAGAUCAAGAAGGACGUGCGGCAGCUUAAGGGCAUCCCUGUGCUGGUGGGGCUGCUGGACCACCCCAAGGCCGAGGUGCACCGCAAGGCCUGCGGCGCCCUGCGCAACAUCUCCUACGGCAAGGACCACGACAACAAGGUGGCCAUCAAGAACUGCGACGGCAUCCCCGCCCUCAUCCGGCUCCUGAGGAAGACCAACGACAUGGAGGUCCGGGAGCUCAUCACAGGAACACUGUGGAACCUCUCCUCCUACGAGCCGUUAAAGAUGGUUAUCAUCAAUCAUGGCCUGCAGACCCUGACCAACGAGGUCAUCAUCCCGCACUCGGGCUGGGAACACGAGCCCAAUGAGGACUCCAAGCCUCGGGAUGCCGAGUGGACCACCGUCUUCAAGAACACAUCUGGGUGUCUGAGGAACGUGAGCUCGGACGGGGCGGAGGCCCGCCGGAGGCUGCGAGAGUGCGAGGGCCUGGUGGACGCUCUGCUGCACGCCCUGCAGUCGGCCGUGGGGAAGAAGGACAUGGACAACAAGUCGGUGGAGAACUGCGUGUGCAUCAUGCGCAACCUGUCCUACCACGUGCACAAAGAGGUACCAGGAGCGGAGAAGUUCCAGGAGCCGGUGGCCGGCCAGGCGCCGGGGUCGGCCGGGCCGCAGAGGAAGAAGAAGGACGACGCCGGCUGCUUCGGAGGGAAGAAGGCCAAAGAGGAAUGGUUUAAUCAAGGCAGGAAGAACGGAGAGAAUGACAAAAGCUACGACACGCUGGACCUGCCCAAGCGCACGGAGCCCACCAAAGGCUUUGAGCUGCUGUACCAGCCAGAGGUGGUGAGACUCUACCUGUCCCUGCUCACCGAGAGUCAGAACUACAACACUCUGGAGGCGGCUGCUGGAGCCCUGCAGAACCUUAGCGCUGGGCAGUGGACUUGGUCCAACUACAUCCGAGCGACUGUGCGCAAGGAGAAGGGCCUGCCCAUCCUGGUGGAGCUGCUGCGCUCCGACUCUGAUAAGGUGGUUCGAGCCGUGGCCAUCGCUCUGCGCAACCUGUCCAUCGACCGCCGCAACAAAGACCUGAUAGGGAGCUAUGCCAUGCGGGACCUGGUCAGCAACCUGCCCAGUGGCCAGCAGCGGCCAGCCAAGAACCUGGAGGAGGACACAGUGGUGGCCAUCCUCAACACCAUCCAUGAGAUUGUGACGGACAGCUCCGAGAACGCUCGCUCCCUCAUCCAAGCUCAAGCCAUCGAGAAGCUGGUGGCCAUCAACAGGACGAGCCAAUCUCAGCGGGAGACCAAGGCCGCGUCUCACGUGCUGCAGACGGUGUGGAGCUACAAGGAACUGAGGAACGCCCUCAGCAAGGACGGCUGGAACAAGACCCACUUCCAGCCCGCCGCCUCCAGCCUGCCCAAAGGAUCUAAGAACGGCAAGCCGGGGUACGACGACACCACCCUGCCCCUCAUGGAGAAGAACCAAGGCAACAAGAAAUCUGGCAGUGGUGAUAUGAUACCUAUGGAUGAGCUUGGUCCAGAUGGUUACUCCACCAUUGAUCAGAGGGAUAAGGAGUGCAAGUACAAGACUGGGGACGGGCCAGCUGAUGUGACAGAGCGGGAACCCCUAAAGAAUGACACAAAUAGGAAACACUUUAUCAGGAGUAACAGGCCGACUGUGAAUCUGGUGGAUGCUUGUGACGUUAAACCUCAGCCUGUUGACUCCUGGGUCUAAAUGCAUGCAUGGCUUAAAAUAAUAACAGCGCAACAUCUCAACUAGAGAAGGAUCUCAUAUCACCACUGCCAUUAGACAUGGAGGUCAUUUUGUUGUUGACUUGUAAGCAGACUUUAUAUAUAUAAAUAUAUUAAAAAAAAAACUUUGCCAUCCAACAGCCAACAAUUCAUGCUUUUCAGCAAAAAUGGAAUUAAUAAAAAAAAAGAAAAUGAAAAACUACUACUUCCACUUCUCAUAUCUACAUUCCCGGUGGACAUGGUAAACCCUAACCCUGAAUGAAGCUUUGGUCAUUGGGCGGAUUCUGCUGUUAGAAGUGGCGGUUGAGUUGCGGGAGAAAUGAAGGUGCCAUGUUGGGGAAACGGACACGUCGUUGAAUGAAACGGGGGGAGAACGAAACGAAAUGACCCGUUUUUUAUUUUAAUUUUCUUUUUUGUGCUAAAUACAUAGUCUCAAAUUGAACUUUUUUGUUUGUUUUAUUGUUUUUGUUACUUUUUUGAUUACUUUUUUUUUUUUUGGAGGCACUGUGAAAAUGAUGCUAAUGAUUUCUGUUCUGGUUUAUGAAAGUCUGUUUUUUUCCCCCGGGGCUGUUUUUUUGUAUUUCGUUUUUCAUUCUUGUUUUGGUUUUCAGAGUUGAAGGAGCGUGGAUUGGUGUGAUGGAUGUUGAAAGGAGUGUGUGUGGUUUGAGUUUGGGACUAGAAAGCACAAAGGGUAUUAGGAGUCAUGACAGCCUUGUUAUUUCACGCACGCUGGCUUCAUAAACGCGCUACACACGUGAGGUGUUUAACUUUUUCGGUUCGUCGUUCCCCGAGACCUGUUUUAUGUGUAAUGCAAGGGUGCUGACGCUCUGAGACCAGCUACCUGGACUCUUACACCUGCUGUCAUUUUGUUGAGUUCAGAGGAGUGACAUGCCAGUGUGGCUUGGAUGGUUUUCACUGUGUUCAUUAAGCAUCUCCAAGCAAUGCUGAGCAAAAGAAAAAGAACUGCUAAAUACUAUUUUCAGAAACAGUAGGCGAGUCUUUAAUGUUCGGAGGCAGAUGUUUUUGCUGCAUACGAUAUUUGAGGUUUGUCAGUUACCCUGGUUCAUGGCCUGUUGUUUUUGCUUUGUAUUAAAAAGUGUGAGAAGAAAAAUGAGUUUUUUUGCAUAAAGGGUUUGUUUUAUUGAAGAAUGGGAGGGGGAAGCUGGGAAGAACAUUCUCCUAUUGUCAAAUGUUACAUUUUAAAGCAUUUUCUAUUUUUGUUGGUUUUAUAAAUGUAUAUUAGGAUCAAAAAGAAAAAAAAAAGAAAAAAAAUACAAACUUCUAAUUGGUCUUUAUACGUUGUUAGCUGUGUAUCCAUAACAGGACGUUUGGGAAGUGCGUUCAGUGGAUUAAGAAUUGCCAUGUUUGUAUAAAGAAAUAACCGCUUAAGCUAACAGUGUGUAUCCAACCUGCAGAGUCAUGCCGAUCACCUAUUUAUAUUUUAUAUUGUCAGAGUAAAAAAGAAUUUUAUCUAUCGAUUUGUUUUUAAAGAUGGGGAAAAAAACACAUUUUAAAGUCCUGAUUGCCAAAAUCUUUCAGGGAGAUGAGAGGCGAGGGUUCCAGAAGACUUAGGGGCGUCAAAACUAAAAAGACAGAAGAUGCAGCAGGGAUAGACAGAAGACAGACAACAAUUUGACAAUUCUUUUAAUUUCACUGCAGUUGUAUGAAGUUGCUAAUGAAUAUCUCGAAAUGUGUGCAGAUUUUACUAAUGCAUCUUUUCAAAUCUUUUAAGCAAGCAUGGAGAAAAAUUGUAAAGAUGUUUUAUGUUCUUUCUAAGUGCCAGUUUUCGUGGUGUAAUUUGAUAUGAAGUCAUUCACAACUGGAGAGAGUGAAGACAGUGUUAUCUGGUAGACUGAGUUUGCAUCAGUUUGUAAAAAGAAAAAAAGAGAAAAAGUUGCUUUUAUUUAUUGUGUUACUCUUUACUUUCUAGUAGGGGUUGUGAGGAGGUUGAUCUGUUUUAGCCAUGAGAAUGCCAUUUGAAGAAAAAUGGAACAAGAGAAAAAAAAGACUACAAAUAUAGAACCGGUUCUGUGGUGCUGUGGUGUUUUUCGCCCUCUAAGUGGAAACUCCGAAACAAUGCAUUUCAGUAAUCAAGUUACUGUAGUUGAGAAGCAACAUUCAUGAUGGCUUCAUUCAAGCAUCGACUAGGCAAUUGGCAUGUGCCUGCAUUGAAGUCUGAUUUUCUUUGUGAUGUGAUUUUCUAAAGCUUGCAUUUUUUUACACAGUGUUUACAAAGACAUAUGAUAGAAUAGAAAUACAUGUACUAACUUUGAUUAAAAAAGAGCAAGAAAUAGCCCAUGUCAAUGUCUUUGGUGCUGUGUGCGUUCAUUGUAAAAUCAUCUCUGUCUAUCCCUGGCUGCCUUUUUUGCAGUACACAACCAAAGGAUCUGACAUUGUGUUCGUGAAUAUAUGAAAGAAGUCAGGGGAUGUUUGUAGAUGUGCUCCACACUGUACAUUUACAGAUCUACAAAUUGGGCUCGAACGAAAUGCACGAAAUGGAUGGAAAGUGAAUCAAAUGAGCAAGACCUACCUGUGUAGAUAUCACUGAUCAAAAACAUCAAAAUAAAGUAACUGUACUACUAAGUAGCAAAUGUGUUUGUAACUAUCAUGUGCCUUAAACUUUUCCAUGGUAGAUUAAAAAACAAUGUGUUUUAUAUAAUUCUCUCUCUCUCUCUCUCUCUCUGUCCUUCCCUUCUCUU